CUCUGUUUUGUCUCUCUAACCGUACGUACAUACAACAUUCAAAUCCAUAUCCCGCCACCCCUUUCCCCUGUUCUCACCACUUUUCCAAUCAACCCCUUCCUCUUUUCAUUCCACACCUUCUUCUUCUUCUUAUUAUUAUAUUUUCAAAACCUUUAACAAACUCCCAUGGUCACCAACCCACCAUGAAAUUCCUCCACUCCCCUUCUUCCACACCCCGUCCCACUUACGCACCCGCCGGCUGCAUCCCCGCCGUUCUACGCCGCCUCCUCUGUUUCCACACCCUCCCCACAUUCCCUUUGGAUACUCACAUCAAAGAAAACUUUUUAAAUAACGAGUUUCAUGAGGUUUAUUGUGAUGAUAAGCUUAAGGCCAGUCCCGGGAUUGUGGGGAAGCUUAUGGGGCUCGAUUCGAUGCCCGCCGAACAAUUCAAAUUGCCGAAAAAGGGGAAUUGUGUUAUUAAAGCACCCGCGUUUGUGGAGAUUGAAAAUGACAAGUUUAUUAUUCUUAGCUUUGAAGGAGGUGGUAAAGAUAGGGGGUUGCGGCUGAAUUCGUCGAAAACCCGAAAGGGUUUGAUCGAAAAGGAGAAAGCGAGGAGCAAGUUGAAUCAAGAAAAGCCGAUUUGUCAUCAAAGUGUAGACAAGGAUAGUGAAGUUUUGAAUUUGAAGAAAUCGAGUGAUCUAGAGGGUGUCGAAAAAGGGAUUUCGAGAAAAAUAAUUAUUGAGUCUGAUUCUGAAAAUUCGAGUCCUGUUUCUGUUCUUGAAUUCUCAGAUCAUCAAGAAGCUUCAUAUUCAGGAAAAGGCGACUCGCAGUCGAAAAAUUCAAAUUCUAGGAGAAAACUGAGAGGGGAUAUUGACAAGAAUGCACCAUCUCUAUCAUCAUUAUCAUCAUGCAGAAAUGGUAAAGAAUAUGUUGGAUUAGAGAAUAAGAAUAACUUUGCGGUUGGGGAAUCGAAGGAAAUGUGGGAAGAAAUUUGCAAAAUGACCGAAAAAGAUGUGAUGAAUUCAAGUAGGGUGCAAAUGGAAAGAUGGAAAGGUGAAGACUUUGAAGAGAUUGGAGUGUGUUUUGAAUUGCAAAUUCUUGACCAACUCAUACUUGAAUUAUUAUUCACCAUGACAUGAAAACAAACACCUUUGAUUUGUAUAACAACUAGUUAACUACUUUGUUUAUAUAGUUUUCUUUUAUGGAUACAUGUUAAACAUCA